AUGGGCGACACAUUCCGCGAGACUCGCGAGACUGCCAGUGCUGCCAGUGAGGCUUUUCCCGCUGCCCAGGAGCAAGAUGUUAAGGCCAAACGAUCGGCCGAGUCACAUCAGAAUGCCGCCAGUGCUUGGGAGAUGUCGGAGAUGCCGCCCUCCAAAGCUCUGAAGGCCAGCGAAAGCCUGGUAACAGCUGAGGUGCAGGCUGCUUCGCUUGCGGCCAAUGCCAAUGAGAUUAUGCCCAAGGACAACCGAGCGGCCCGAGCGGACCGAGCAUUCACAGACAGUGAGAAUGACAAAGUGUCAAGCAAAAGUUCGGCAUCAAUGGCUGCGGCUGAGACACCCAUCGGCAGUCCUAGGGCCACUCCUUCCAUUGGCAUUGCCACUCCUGUGGAUGUGGGCAGAAACACAGCAGCUACAGCUACCGCUACAUGCACGACCGCUAGUCAGGAUGGCCCUUCAGAAAGUUCCGCCCUUCUGGAGUCGGAAGAGUUGCGUGACCGUCGGUUGUUUUUGUGGCAAGUGAACAGCCCUGACCAGGGCAACACGAAGAAACAACAUCAUUGUAGGGCCGAGAGCUUAUUUGAGGAUUCCGAUGACGACUGCAGCGACUCUGCUUUGGUGAAGUCGCCUUUAAAACCCCGUGAUCUGAAUGCUGCUUUCGAUGCUGUGCCACCGCCAAUGGAGAUGGACUUGGAGCUGGGCCGGGAGGUUGGGUCUGAAGGUCGCACCGGCUUGAAGUUUCAACCAGAAAAGCUGUCGGAUUGUGUCCAUGAUGUGCCAGUGGCUUCGUGGCAAAGACAUAUGUUGGAGUUCUUCGGGCCUCGCAUGCAGCCUGUAACCUUUCACAGGCCUUUGCGCCUGGGCACUUCGUGUUCGGGCACAGGUGCACCUCGGAUCGGCUUGCGAACCCUUGGGUUUCCAGUACUGGAGACUGCGAGUGCAGAUCCAAAGCCAGCUACCAUGAAGUUCAUGCGGGACGUGGCUCAACUCUCCUGCCAUCACUUCGCCUCUGUGGACAAUUUGCAAAAGCGCUCGGGGUACUGUCAUGUGCAUGAGAAGAUGUGCACGUUGGAGGCCAUCCGUGAUGACUUGUAUGUAGCAGGCUUCCCUUGCUCUCCGUUCUCCAGACAGCGGGCUGAUCGCUUCACUUCUGCUGCAGGGUGGCGUGCUCAUCCACAAGCAGCAGUAAUGUUCGGCGUGGCCGCCGACAUUAGGACUCGGGAACCGCUUCUGGCGGUCCUUGAGAACGUGACUGGAUUCGUCAUGGCUUCGAAGGAUGAAGCAGCCCAAGGGCCGUCCGUGCAUCAUCCAGAUGUCAAGCGCGAUUCCCCACUUGAUGCACUGCUAUCUGCUGUCAACGAUGGCACAGAUGUCCAGCAUCCUCGUUAUUUCGCAUGCUGGCAGCAUGUGGACGGAGAUCUGUGGUCUGGAUUCCCAAGACCUCGAGUGUACAUCAUGUUGGUGCACCGCGAUCUUGGUGUAUCUGUGCUGAAGGAUGCAGCUUGCAUCCUGCGCGAUGCCUUGGAGCACUGCAAGGGCAAAGAGCCCCUGACUUUCGCCGAGACAUUGCUGCCCAAGGACUCUACCGUUCUGGCAAACCAGAUGGCAAAACAUCAGGCAAACAAAAGGCCAAAGACCGCGACCAGCAGUUCGGCUGGCACCAAGUGGCAGGCUCAAGAGAAGGCGCUGCGGUCGGAGCUUCCGCCAGACCUUCGGCACCAGUCGAAACCAUGGACAGGGGCGGCCCGCUUGCAGGGCUUGGGCGGGCCUCAAGGAUGCUUGCCGAGAACGAGGGCAAUGAUCGAUCUGGCGUUUUUGUUCACAAAGCUUUCGAAGGGUGGCUCUGCUGCGGAAAACAGUGACAUCAUCCGGAACCUUGUGGUCGACGUGAGCCAGGCUCUGGAGCGGAAACCUUGGGGACUGAGAACGCUGUUGGCAAGCACAUCACUGUAUAGCUUUGAGCAUGAUCGCUUGGUCUUGCCGAUGGAAGGGCUCCGUCUGCUCGGCUUCUCGACAAAGUGUUUGUACCCUUCCCUUUCUCAAGGGGAGAUAGCUGACCUCGUUGGGAAUGCCAUGAGCCUGCCGAGUGUGACUAUAGUGUGCGCCAGCCUUCUGUCAGCUGCACUGCCACGUCUGCCAGGCUUGCUGCAUGAUGACGAGUGA